UGGUCUGGGGUGGAUGGUCAAUUAUGAGUCUAGUUAGGGAAAGAUCAAGAAUUGAUUGAUUUUUAUUUUUUAUGUAAAUAAAUUAAGAGAAAAUGAUGCAUUUUAGACCUGAUUAGCAACAGAUUUCAUUUAAAAAAUGACACCAAACUUUAAAAAAAACAAGGUUGGGCGCCACCUGCUGGUUUCCACUACUUACAGCUCAAACCAGUGCUCAAACCUCGUGAGUUUAAACCAGUUUAAACAUAGUAAACUUAAUUGUUUACGUCGUAUCUUCGUUGUUUUUAAUAAUAUAUUUGCAAAAGUAGCAUAAAAUUGGCCGGAAGUAGCGUUUCAAAGUAUACUUUAUUGAUUUAUCUCUUUUGCUUCAUGUAAAUGAUCAGAAUAGUUUGCUUUUAGCGACAUCUGGUGGAGUUCUAUUGAAGUGCACUUCCCCAUCUGACGGCGCUUUUUGAUGACGACAUCAACAAUGAGCCGCAACCAAAACAACAACAAUGGUCAGCUGUUGACGAAGCUAACUCGCUGCAGGGUUAGUCAGCGUUGUUUUUUCCGGAUACAUAUCCCAGCAGUUGUUUCGGCUUAAGCUCGGACGUCGUUGGCGUUUACAGGUAUUUUAUAACUUUGAAAGCUGAUUGAUGUCCGCCGUAGCUCAGUUCGGAUUAUUUGAUCUGUUAGCAUAUUAGCUUUAAAACCAAAGACGCGGUCUGCUGGAGCUGAAGCUUUGGCUGGCCAGAAAUGUUUAUGGCAAAGCCGGACCACAAGACCAGCCGCUGGAGAUUCUGACAUCCUCAGGACAUUGUGAUCGGUCAUCAUGUCUCCACGGAAACGACCUCUGGUCCCCGUGAGUAGCCGGCGGAAAGCUGCGGACGAAUACUUUCCCUUUAACCUCCUGCCGGUGGAGUGCCAGCUGCACAUCCUGUCCUUCCUGAGCGAGGUGGACAAAUGCAGCUGCGCUCUGGUCUGCCUCCUCUGGAGCCGCCUCGUCCGCUCCUGGAAGCUGUGGAGAGUGGCGGACUAUUCCCGCCGCGGCGUCUUCCAUCUGGGUCAGGAGGGACUGCUGGUUUCCAACCGUGAGUUUGACAGGUGGAAGUCGUGGGUGCACCACUACACCCACCACCUGAUCUCCCGGCGGGCGAGUCUGCUCACUCUGAAAGCCAGCUUCGACCUGGGCGAUCGCUUCCACAAGUGGAGCGAGCUGCUGAGCCACCUGCUGGACAACGUGCACUGCAGAAACCUCAGUCACCUGGACCUGAACUGGACCUUCACUCUGCUGGAACCACUGGACCUCAGGCUCCACUCCAAGUCCAGUUCACACCAGGAGAACAUCUCCAAGAAGGAUCAGGUCGCCAGCUUUCAGGAGCUUCUGCGCAAGCUCACCCAGAGUUGUCCUCGAAUUUCCAAGAUGCGCCUCCACUUCGACUGGUCGGAAGUGUCGGUGAACAUGCUCACGCAGUUCCAGCAGCUGCGCGUCCUGGAGCUGAAAUACUUCUGGGUCCUUAAAGGCGUGGCUCCCUCCACGCUGCAGGCGCUGACCAAAUCCCUGCCCAACCUGAAGUCCCUGACGCUGCACAUCCUGGUGCCGCUGAGGAACCCCGGCAUCGCCUACACGCUGGAGUCUCAGUCUCUGGAGUUCCUGGACGUGUCCCCCAGCCGGGGCUUGGUCUUCUCCUAUUUGAAUCUUCCGGCUUUGCGGGAGUUCCGGGCCAAGAAGAUUGUGCGUGGCAUCACUCUGGACAAGAGGACCAGGCUGCAGAUCCAGAGCCGCUGGCCCUGCCUGCACCACGUCCUCCGGGAGGGGGCGCCUAAGCUUCAGGCCCUGAACAACGAGAGGCUUCUGCCCACAUGGAGAGAGCAGAGCUACAGGGAGCUGAAAGCCAUCCUGGAGCUGUCCUGUUACUGUGUUCAGCAUCUGGACAGCUGGAUCUGGUGACCCUCCUGUCAUCUUUGGGUAGAACCCAGAAGAAAAGGUUUUUACUUCACAAAUAAAAAAGAGACAUUCUAUAACUUUGCAGUGCUUCAGAGGAACUCUGCUGCCAGAGGGGUUCAUUCAUGUUCCGGGGCACGGCUUCAGUGGAUGAAUGCUGCAGGAACGGCAUCAUUUAUGUCUAAACAUGACUUUCCUUCUUCAACAAAGCGCCCACAAGAAAAAAAAUCAAGCACAAAAAAUACUUUUUUUCUGAUAUGUGCAAAAGUUUAGAAAUAGAGAUUUGAUUUUCAGAAUUUAGUUUUAUCAAAGUUCCGAAAAUUGUUCCUUAACGAUUGUUUUUAUAUAUUUUUUAAUUCAAAUUUAGAAAAUUUACUGAAGUUUUCUUGAAAAGUGUCAACAGAUUUUUGAAAAAUCUUUCAUUACUGAUACAAUUUUCUCAAAAAUGAGGCAAUUAUUUAUUGCUUAGAACUGUAAAGUCGUUGUUUUUAUUUUCCUAAUGUCAUGUUGGCCAAUGAAAGGACACGUUGUUGUUUUUGUUUCCCUUUCUUGUUGGUUUUUAGAAGAGUAAUCUUCAGUGUGGAAAAAUGGCACGUACUGUAAACAUCAUCACCACUUUGAUUCCCUCUGUUGCAUUUGAGAAAUCUGUAAAAGUUUUGAAGCUUUUCUGGACAGUUUGAGACAUUCACUGCACAUUUGGACAAAUUGAUCACACAAUAAGUGUUCAGUUAAGGAAACACGCUUGUGAACUACAGAAAGAACCUUGGACAGAACAGUCAAACACAAAUUGUACCCUUAAAUCAAUACUUUACUAAAUUAGUAUUUUAUGAGCACAAGUUUGCAUUUUUUUGCACACAAACUAGUAUUUUCUGUGUACAGAGAAUAGUAUUUUGUGUACACAACUAGUUUUAGGUGAGCACAAAAUGUUCAUUUUUGUGCACAACUAGGUUUUUAUGUGCACAAAUUAGCAUUUUGUGUACACAACUAGUUUUGGUGUGUGCAUAUUAGUAUUUGUACACACAAAUGAGCAUUUUUUAGCUACAAGUUAGUAGUAGGAAUAAAUAUUUUACAAUGCUAUUUUGUGCACAAAAAUGCUUAUUUGCUCCCACAAAAUGCUAAUUUGUGACCAAAAAUUAUUAAUUUGAGGGAACAACUUGUCAUUCUUUUUCAUGUUCAGGACUUCGUAGUGAACAAUUUGUCAGUUUGUCUGUGGCAGAAAAUGACGAAAUCCAGGAGCAAAAAGAGGAAAAGUGAAGGUUUGUUUUUUUCCUUCCUUCUCAAGCGCAGAAAAUCAUUGAGGUUCAUGCGGUCGGUGCUAAACUGCUGUCAUUCCAGCCUCCCAGCGAUACAAAUGAGCCCCAGAGCUUCAUUGUUGUUUUGCUUAAUGGUAGGUGCUUUCUUUCUUAGGGAGUGAUUGUCUUAGAGCAGAGCGCUCUUAAGGGUUUGCAUUACUUCACUCGCCUGUCUUACACAAAAGUUCCUUUGUUUGCAAAUUUUUUGCACAUUUUCUCAGCUUUGACUGAAAGUUGAUUGUUGCUGAGUUUUCUGCGUACUUGCUCCAGCUUUGUGUCUUCAGUGCAGUUGUCCUCCCUCCCAGUAGGGGGCGUUCUUCUCAAACUUUUGUCUCCAUCUGGUUGUGUUUGAACUGCACUGAAUCUUAAACGCUGACUGAGCUGAGAUUUGUGGUAUUUAUGUUUGUGUGAGUUCUCAUGUGUGGAUUUUUAGGGGACGUGACGCAGACGUUCCACAGAAUAAAAGGCUCAGGCUUCUGUUUCAUUCA